CUGUAUUCGCCCCUCCUACAGCAGGUUCAGAGCUGACGCGAUAUUCGUGGCAUCUUACACGGAAAAGACAGGAACAGGAGCGGCUGUGCGAGAAAUGGCGAUGUUUGGGGGCUUAGAUACUGUUCUUAAGAAGAAAACCACGGAGGAUGGCGAGAGAGAUAUGCCAGAAUUCGUGUGCCCAGUGUGUCUAGAGAUUUUUGACCGGCCUGUUACAACACAGUGUGGGCAUACGUUCUGCAGCAGCUGCUUGCAGGAAUGCCUGCGCCCCCAGAAGCCUGUGUGUGCAGUUUGCCGGACUGCUCUCAGCAAGUGGUCCAAUGCUGUAGAACUGGAAGCAAUCAUUCAUAGUUCGCUGGGAGCCUGCAAAGGCUGUCACACAGAGGUGCGUCUGUCCCAGAUGCGGAGCCACACAGCUGUCUGCCCCAAGUAUCAGGAGUAUAUUGAUGAGGGGGUGAGAACUGUUGUGAAGUCCCAGCCCUCUGUGGUCAGCUCGGUUCCAAACCGUUACACUUUCACCUGUCCCUACUGCAACGUCCAGAACCUGGACCAGGACGGGCUGGUGGAGCACUGCACUUCCCAGCACUCCAGGGACUCCCGUCAUGUGGUGUGUCCUAUUUGUGCCUCAAUGCCUUGGGGAGACCCAAACUACCGGAGCGCUGAUUUCUUCCAGCACUUAAAGAUCCGUCAUACCUUCUCCUAUGAUACCUUUGUGGAUUAUUCCUCGGAUGAACACACCAUGAUGCAGGAGGCCCUGCAGCGCUCCAUGCUAGACCACUAAGGAUCCCAGGAGAACAGGAGCUCUCCCCUGCACAGAGUUCUCAUGCUUACACAGGGAAGCAGGAAUCGUCCUCCUGUUCUAAAGACACAAGCCACUUCAACCACUUUGUAUCUCACACUUCCUUCAAACCUUUCAGCCACUCUAGUUUAUUAGGAAUUAAAGCACUUCAGAAUUGGCAACUUUAAAAUGUUUGUGAAAUUAUUUUGUAAGACAAUUUCAUCUUCCAGUUGAUUUUAUUUUAUAUUGGCUGAUGUACUUCUAAAAUUAUUUUUUUAGAUCCUUGAUUUUUAAUAACAAGAUGCAUCUGUCUAAAGUUAUUAUUAGACCUGGAUGAUAGUAAGGAAUAAAUAUCAUUUAGUUACUGGUAGUGAGUGUAUUUCCAUUUCUCUGUAAAUCUUUAAGGUAAGAAUUCCAUCCAGUGACUGCACUGCAUUAUUACCACGCGGUUCAUUAUUGUAAAGUAUGGCAAACAUCUUAAACCAGCUGUACCUAUUGAGUAAAUCCACCAGAUGGCACCCUUCGUCCAUGGGUACAAUGUCAGUUUGUCCAUCUCUGAAUUCUCCUUUAGAAGCUGAGAAAAUGUUAGACUGCAGAUGGAUCACAGCAUUGCAGAAUGUUCAGGACACCUGUGAUUGCUCAGGUGUCCACUGCCCUGGUACUGGAUGGAAUUAGCAGCUAUGAAAAGGCACUAUUACAGUCAGGAAUCUGCUUCUUAUUAAUCUUAUUUCCAAUAAUUUGCACACCAUUUCCAGAGUCAUGCAUAUUAUUUUGAUUUCUAACACAUUUACAUGUAGAGGAAAAACUCACUGUGAACUCAGAGAUCAUUGGAAGGCUUCAUUCUGGGUCUACUGCUCAUGCUCUUGGAGCUCUUUGUUAUUGUAUUGUUAUCUUAAAGGAGUUAACUUGAAGUCAGUCAUCAGUCACUGCAUGGUUUGAUUUCUCAUUUGGAAACUUAACACUACUGUAUAAAAAAACUGCAUAUUUCCCCUGAAAAAGAACAUGUGUCACAGAGGUUCAUCGGGGUUCUGUACCUUGUUUAAAAAUAGUUGAUAUGAAAGCAGCAAUACUUGUUAACAUUGCAGUUCUCAGAAGUGUUAAACUGGACCACAAAACGUCCACCAGAUGUCACUGUGGUUCCCUUUUUUUAAAGGGAUAUACUGCUGCCUAACUUAAUUACACCAUCUUUGCUCAGAUAUUGAAAAGUACAAAACCACAAUGAUUUUGUUAUGAUGUCAUAGAAAAACCCCUACUGUUUAGGGCUUUGGUAGAAUAGCCUAAAAUUGUAAGUUUUUAAGCUGUAGGUGUGCUUUUUAGUUGAGAGGUUUUCUCUGCUUACCUCACUAUAAACAAUACACACAGAGAAAUGAGACUAGGACAAAUUAGGGAUAGCUGCUGUAGGAAAUGGCUUUUGUGAUGUAACUUUCAGUGCACCUUGGUGUAUUUGGUGAUAUAAAUGUGAUAUUACGAAGACAUAAAAACAUAAAAGAAGACUUGUAUUCUCAGGGUAGUGUAUAAUAAAAUGUAUCGGGUAAUAUCUCUUAACUGUUUCAUGUUCAAAAGUUUGCACACUUUCCUCCCUUUUUGAAAGCAAAUUGCUUGAAGUCCUGUUGGUUUUACUACAUUUUCUGAAAUGAGUGGAAGAGUGAAAGUUCUCCAUUUUUGUAUUUUUCUGUCGUCCCCCCCAAAAAAUAGUUUUCAAAGUAGCAUCAUUGUGACCUACAGCUCUUGAUAAAAAAAGCAUGUGAUCAAGCAUAUCCCUGUUAUUUAGUUUGUCGAUAUCAUGAAUGGAAGCGUUUCAUCGUGAAUAUAUUGAACUGAAGCUUUUACGUAAAGCAGCUUGCGUUUGUCCCCAUUUAAAGAAGCCCACACAGCUUGGCAUUUAACUGAAGAAGCGUACAGUAGGUGAAGUAUGAUGCUGAGGGACACAGCCCACCAAUAGUCCAGAGCCCUACUGCUUCACCCUACAAACAGAACCCUCCGUUCUGGACCAAAAAGGCAGGAAGAUGUGCAAGAAUGUGUCCACGAUUGUGUGCUAGCUAUGUUUUUAUCUGUUCUAGCUCUGACCUGACACGGGUGGCGCAAGCUUUAGACCUAAAGUGACUGCUUGUGGUUGGGCACUAAUUCUGAAUUAACACCAGCAGUGUCACCCCACACACUGCACCCUGCUUGUCCCUAAUGGAAAUGGUCAGCUUGAAGAGACUGGAAAGAGAUUGAAACCUCAUUUAUUUCUGCCUCCUCACAGUACCUGAAACAGGCCCAUUUCUAAAUAAUUAAUCUUGUAAGUACUUAUCACAUUUAUCAUCUUUAUGGACGGGGAAACUAAUGUGGCUGAGGAUACUAUACAUUUUUUGGUAAGAGGUAGCUUAAUGACUUCCCUGGGGUGGGAAUCCUGUUCCGAUUUGGGAAAAUUUUGUGUCUAAGUUUGUAAUGUGGAAGGAAUUCAGUAAUUAUAUACAUAAAAAUCCAAAUUCUGGAUUAGCCUGUCAGUGUAGGCUGUGUAGUUGGGAGUAGUAUUACUUCACUAUAGGAUCUUUUUGGUUUUGGUCCUGUCACCAGAUGUACAGUACUGUACCACUGCCCACUUCCUGAAGAUGAAGUAAGCCUUCAUGUAGCACAACACUGUCAGCGAGAUCUUUUAUCUUUUCUACAGCAUUGUGUAUGUUGAAAUCGAUUUUAAGAUGAGUUGCUCCUUUACAGUGUCCGUUAAGUGUCCCUUUUUAUAGGAAACAAUAAAAGGAACCUCUUUUAAAUACGCUUUCUAAUUUGCUUGCUGCAGUAGCCAAACCCCAUUCUUGUAUGUAAAGUUAUUGGAUUUUUGCCUUUAACAGCUAUAAUAAUAUUCUCUUCUCAUUGCAUAUGGAAUUCAUACAAUGUUACAGCAUGUAAAAAGAGGUUCAGGUGAUUUUAUCCAUUACAUUGAAUACAGUAUGUAUAGAAAACUGUGUCCUGAAAGAAAUUUGCACAAUUGAAAUGUAAGCUUACUGUAUAUACUCAAAUGUCUUUCGGGAUUGAGCUGUAAAAGGGACACUUAUUCACAAUUAAAUUAUGGUAUAUGCAUAUUAUUCAUCAUUACAUUUUAUUUUAAUAAAGAUUUUUUAAAUGUCA